AACAUCAGGUGCCACUUCUCAUCGAACUUUUUACCAGGUUUCACGCAGACAGGAAGCUGUAUUUUCCCCCUUUGUGUAUCCUUCGCAGAAAGAGGAAGUUUUUCAGUCGCCAGCUAAGCGCGCUCACAUGUUGUUGAAGUUCUGCCUGUCACUCAGCGCUGCUCUGUGGGGAAAAGACUCGCCUCUGCUAUGGACGUCUACCAGGAGGCCGUGAGCUAUCUCGGUUCGCAAAACGUGCCAGUGGAAGAGGAGGCAGAUGUCCUGGAGGAGGACGUUUUCCAAGAUGAGGCAGUGUCCUGUUUCCUCUCACCUCUUCACCCUGAGAGCAUAGACUUCCCCGACACCCCAACGUUGUUGACCCCGGAGGAAAUGUUGGAGAAGAGGCUUGUGGUCCUGAAAGGCGUCCUGGAGAGUGAGGAGGUUUAUCUCAGAGAGCUGGACACCCUGCUGAUGCCCAUGAAGGCUCUGCGGGCCUCAGCCGGUACCUCCCAGCCGGUUCUUUCCAGUCAAGAGGUCCAGACUGUUUUCUACCAGGUGCCUGAGAUCAGAGAUGUGCACCAGAGCUUUUACUCAGGCCUCAAGGCUCGUCUGGAUGCUCACAGCCAGCAGACUGAGGGUAGCUCUGUUGAAGAAACAGCAACCACCUACAACGACACUCUGAUGGUGGGGGACCUGUUUCUGAAAAUUGUGAACCAGAUUGGUCUGUACGGCGGCUUCAUUCAAAACUAUGAGCAGGCCGUUGAAGUUGUUAGGAAGUGCACCAGCUCCGACCCUCGCUUCCGAACUCUGGCCGAGAGCAUGAUGUCUAACAACGGAGCGGACAAAGCUCGGACUAAGUACACAUUUGAAGCUCUUCUAUACAAGCCUUUGGACCGAGUAACCAAGACGACAUUAGUGCUGCAAGACAUCCUGAAGACGACACCAGAGGAGCAUGCAGAUUACGCAGCGUUACAGGAAGCUCUGAGAUUGUCUAGGAGCUUCCUUUCUGGUGUCAAUGAGAGUUCACAGUGUAAACGAGAGGUCACACUCAGUCACGGCAUGAGACGUCAACUGAUGCGCGAUGGCUUUGUGGUGGAUGCGAGUGAAGGGGAACGCAGCCUGCGUCACCUCUUCCUUUACACCGACCUACUGCUGUGCACCAGACUCAAACAUGCAGCCAGAGGGAAGCAGGACCAGUACAGGUUCUGCUGGUAUGUGCCUCUCGCUGGUCUCAGACUUCGCUGGGUUGCAGAGCAGGAACGGCCGCAUGACAUGAACGACCGCUUACACACCUUAAGAACCAAGAUGUACAUCCUACGGCAGCAGCUACAGCAACACACGAAGCGGACCAGGGGCCUGGCUUUGGCAGCUCGCAGCAGGAAGAAACUGGAGCAGAUGGAGAUGCUGCUGCACACACACUCUCCAGCUUACAGACUGGAGCUGCACAGCCCUAGUGGCAAGAGCCACACUCUCGUCUUCUCUUCCCUGUAUGAACUAGAGGAAUGGAGAGAAGCCAUCCACAAACUCACCACAGACAACAUAGAAACUGUUCCUCCUGACCUGCUAACUCUCACCAGUGCAUGUGUGAAACUGAGAAUGACACAGCAGCCGCCUCUACACAGCAUCGACGCUGUGGAGGACGACAAGUCUUUAUGCGGGACUUUGAGCGUUUCCAUCCACUCUGCCGUUGGUCUGCAGCAGCCAGCUUGUGUGUAUGUGUGUAUAGAGGUGGAUGGCUAUGAGUUUUACGACACACAGGCCCAGACGCGGUCUUCAGCCCACAGCCUCAACCCACACUGGGAACAGGAGCUGUCUUUCCAGGUGGACGGUGCGCGGAAGAUGAAGGUGCUCUGUGUGAGUCAGUCGGACGGACAGGACGACGCUGUGCUGGGGAAGACAACUGUAGGGCUUGAAUCUAAAACUCUAACCAAGCGGUGGAAGAGGCAGACUCUACAGCUCGGCCAGGUGGAGGUGACCCUCUCCCUGAAGUACGGUCCCCACCCUCUGCAACCACCCAGCAACUCAGUCCAACAACCGCCCAUCUUCUGUGUCCCCAUCGAAACUGUGGCGCAGCAGGAGGGAGUGCUGGUUCCCCAUGUGGUGCGAUGCUGUGUGGAGGAGGUGGAGAGGAGGGGCAUGGACGAGGUGGGCAUCUACAGGAUCUCAGGGACCUCCAGUGACAUCACCGCGCUCAAGGCUGCGUUCAACACCAAUCUGCGUGAAGCGGUGACCAGGCUGAGGUGUGCAGAAGUGAACGCCGUCUCUGGCGUCCUCAAACUCUACUUCAGAGAGCUUCCUCAAUCUCUUGUACCAACCGAGCUGUUUCAGAGUCUGUCAAGAACUCUGGACAUCCAGGACAUGAGCUCACGUCUGGCCUCAAUGUUGUCCCUCCUGCAAUCGUGUCCUGAAGCCAACCGGCAGACCUUCCUCUACCUCCUGCAUCACCUCCAACGAGUCUCAGAGAGGCAAGACGUUAACAAGAUGUCUCUGCUGAACCUGGCUACAGUGUUUGGUCCCAGCCUCUUACGCCCCCCGGUGGCUGGACUGGGGUACAAUGGCCCCACUGUGGACAUCUCUCAGGAGGUGGAGGUGCAGGUUCAAGUGGUUUUCUGCUACCUGCAGUGCAACAACCUCCCUGAAGCCCAGAUCUCUCUGCCACAUGACACAGACACAGAAGAUGAGACCACCCACAACUGAGACCACCAUAGGAGUCGCGGCUGGCAGGGCGGUGAAAUAGCAAUUGUAGAAACAUCCGAACGCGGACUGUAAGACGAGACGGGUAUUUAUUAAUUAAAAUGUUUUGGGGGUUUGUUUUUUGUCAUUUAUUGUGUAACGUUAAAAUUUGUAAUUUUUUUGUAUGCAAUAUUUGUAUUUUAAUGUGGACAUUUUUGUUUCAUAUUGAAUAACUGUUAAACAUAAACCGUUACGGGCAUUUGCGUUUUUGUAUAAUUAUUUUGACUUUUUAUUUCAGCCAUACAGAGAGAAUACAGUUUCUACCUGAAGUCCACUAAUCUUUUACAUGUAAAAGCUCAUUUGAAGCAAAUAAAAGCGAAAUCUACACUUGA